GUCCAAAACCUGCUAUUUUUGGGUUGGGCAUUUACCUUGGCCCCAAAAACAACUACAACGACUUUACAUAUUUUUGCACUCGCGAAAAUUAAAAUUUUUCAAGAAGAAACAGGAGAAUUACUGAAAACUUGGACUUUCUCAGGAACCUACAGUAGUACAGUGCAACCAUUGCUUUGACAGUCUGAACUCUGAAAUCGAUAUAGGCAGCAGAGGAGAGAGAUACCUUACGCGCGCGAUCAUCUAACAUCAAUGGCGACGAUGACAAUGAAUUCAUGGAAGCAGAAAGAACUUAUAUUCAUCAUAGCUUAUGCAAUAUGUUUCUACAUCUUCAUCAUCCAUCGUUCUCUUAAACUUUCACAUGAUUACUAUGAACAUCUUCGAAACCUCCGACCUGGAUGGCUUGCGAAUCGACUCAAUGAUGUUUCGGAUUCUCAAUGGAGAAAUUUUCGUGGAAAUUUACCGAUUCUUAGUGCUGUUUUUGGAGCAUUUACGCUUGUUGCUACUAGUUUGAGGAAAAUGUUUCAUUUAAGAGCUAGUGGAAUGUCUAUUGUUUGGCUUUUGGUUUCUUUGAUUUACUUAAUUUAUCUUCAUGGAGCUUGUAUUCUUUUCAUCCUAUCAAUCGCUUCACUGAAUUUUAUUCUUGUCAAGAUAUUUGCAAGGACAAAGUACUUCUCAUUUGUGUUGUGGACCUUCAAUCUGUUUUUCCUAAUCUGUAAUCGUGUUUAUGGAGGAUAUUCUUUCUCUAUAUUUGGGCAACAGUGGGCAUAUUUAGACAGUUUCCGCGGUACAUUCAGGUGGCACAUUUGCUUUAACUUUGUUACCCUGCGCAUGAUAAGCUAUGGAUAUGAUUACCAUUGGGCACAGAGAGAUGCUCGAUUUGAUCAGGAGAAGCAUAUUCAGCAUUGUUCAAUUUGUAAAUCAGGAAGAACAUGCUACUUAUUUUUACAGGAGAGGAGCUUAGAGGAGGACAAAUACUCAUAUUGGAUGUACCUAUGCUACUUGGUAUAUGCUCCACUAUAUAUUGCUGGACCUAUCAUUAGUUUCAAUGCAUUUGCUUCACAGAUAGAUCAGCCGCAGAAUACAUAUUUGCUCAAAGAUGUGGCUCUUUAUGGGUUAAGAUGGACCUUCUCUCUUUGCCUAGUUGAACUAAUAACUCAUUUCUUUUAUUACAACGCCUUUGCGCUAAGUGGCUUGUGGAAACAGCUAUCUGCGUUGGAUGUCUUUAUCAUCGGGUAUGGGGUUCUGAAUUUCAUGUGGCUGAAGUUUCUUCUCAUCUGGCGAUAUUUCCGGUUCUGGUCAUUGCUUAACGGUAUUGAGGCUCCCGAAAAUAUGCCUAAAUGCAUUAACAAUUGCCACAACUUGGAAAGUUUUUGGAAAAGUUGGCAUGCGUCCUACAAUAAAUGGCUUGUGAGGUACAUCUACAUUCCUCUUGGUGGUGCACGGACGAAGUUGCUAAAUGUGUGGGUUAUAUUCACAUUUGUUGCUAUCUGGCAUGAUUUGGAAUGGAAGCUUCUAUCUUGGGCAUGGCUGACAUGUAUUUUCUUUAUUCCAGAAAUAUUAUUGAAAUCAGCAGCUAAGACUUUUCAGGUGGAAAGUAUCUUCUGGAAGUUUUUCUUCCAUGAACUGAGUGCAAUAUCUGGGGCUGUAACAAUCACUUGUCUCAUGAUUGCUAAUCUUGUUGGCUUUGUUGUUGGACCAUCAGGAAUCAAUUUCUUGAUUUCUGGUUUUCUACGUAGAGAAGGACUUCCCAUACUUGCUGGCAUAUUUUUCACCUUUUAUUUAGGAACGAAGCUUAUGUUUCAUAUUCGUGAUGCCAAGAAGAGGCCAUCUUGAGUUAAACAUGCUAGAAACAGGGGACCAGCUUGAUUGUUGGCAGUAAAAGAUUUCUGCGGAAAUUUAUGACACGAAAACCACUGCUGAGGCCGUAUCCUUGAGCUUCUGUGAUGCUUGACGCUUUUAGAUGAGAUUUGGCAGUAUAGUGAUUAAGGGUUAAAAUGAUUGGCGCCUUAUGGUGAGAAGACACGCAGCCAAAGAGACUUUUGUGAACAUUGUGCAGUAGAGUGAUGUUGCUCGGUGUAACCAUACCUUGGGUGGUCUUAAUUGGAUAUAUGCCUUGAAUGAUUCAAGUUAUUGUAUUCCUGUAUAAUUCAGCGGUUGAAUAUGUACACGCUCUUUUUAGUUUUCAAAUGAAGUAAACCACACAAGCAAUCAAGACUCAAGAAUGAUUUUCUUUCGA